GGUUAAUGUUACGUAGCUUUGCUAGGAAGCUGUCUCCCUCAGGCUUGGAAGUGGACAGUGCUCUGACAGACAGACAGAGGACACAAGGGUAGAGUACCACAAAAGAGGAAGAAAACAGAAAAGGAUUUUGUUAAGAAUGAUAAAAAAGAGAGAGCAAAGAAAGAGAACAGAGUGAUAAAAAGAGCUGGAAAAGUAAGGUCCUGUGUGCUGUGUGACAACCCUACACCCACCUCAUCAAUUUUCAGUAAAGCCUGUCUGUCUGUUUCUUUAGCCUGUCAGUACUGCAUUGAGGACAAAAGAAGGAGUGAGUUCGUACAUUAAAACCCUAACAAAACACCUAAAAAUACUUUUAAAUUAUUACCAUAUUUUAGACUGCUGUGAAUCAGUCUGUGAAUUCGACAUCACUGCCAUCAGUAACUAACAUAGGUAACCAGGAAAAAUAGUCCAUCUCUCAUCAUGGCCCCCAAGAAGAAGGCACCCCGCCCCAAAAAGACAGCUCCAGAGCCAGCACAGUUGGAGAGCGGGGUAAUGGUCCCUGAGACAGGGGUAAAAAAACUAGAAAUGCCUCUCAGCAUUGAGCAGUUGAAUCGUCUCAAUGGAAUGACCCUGUCACCAGUGAUCCGUCCUGGAGAAAGGGGUUUUGGCCUGGGUGGGGAAAUGACUCGGCCCCUACAUGGAUCUGCUCUUCUGGAGGAGCUGAGCCGUAUGAGACAAGAGCGCUUCCUCACUGACCUGGAGCUGGCUUGCAAGUCUAAGGCCUUCGAUGUCCACAAGCUGGUCAUGUCCUCUGUCAGCCAGUACUUGCGUGAAGUUCUAGCCAAGGACCCGGGCCUCAAGCGCUUGGAGUUGCCUACUAUAUCACCCUUAGGUCUAGCCAAUGUGAUCACCUUUGCUUAUCUUGGCCGUGUGCACAUGUCUCUCUACACUAUUGGCUGUACGGUAUCUGCGGCCUGCACCCUGCAAAUCCCCCACCUCCUCCAGAUGUGCAUGGACUUCCUGAUGGCGGAGUUAAACGUGCACACCUGUGUGUACGUGUGGAACAUUGGAGCUGCUUACGGCCUGGGCCCUGUGCGGGACUCUGCACGCCGCUUUGUGCUGGAAAACUUUGCCCAGUUUGCGGAGACACCCCAGUUUACUCAGCUCACCCUAGAACAGAUCACUGCUUUUCUGCAGGAUGACAAUCUUAUCCUGCCUUCAGAGGUCACUACCUUCCAGGUGGCCAUGAAGUGGCUGGACUUUGAUCCAAAGAGGCAGGCUCACGCUUAUGACCUACUGUCUCACGUACGGUUCGAGACUAUCCCCGCCAGCGAGCUGGUCAGAGAGAUUCAGCCUGUUGCUCGCAUGAUGCAGGAUCCUCAGUGCCACCGUCUACUGGUGGAUGCCAUGAACUACCAUUUGCUACCAUACCAGCAGAACACUCUACAGUCCCGCCGUACGAAGGUUCGAGGCAGCCAGACUGUUCUGCUAACCAUCGGCGGACGUCCCUCCCUUACUGAGCGUGCCCUGAGUCGAGAAGUACUAUGGAGAGACCCUCGUGAUGGAGUUGCCACAUGGCGCCAUCUUUCCCAGCUUCCUGCUAAGAGCUUUAACCAGUGUGUAGCUGUGAUGGAUGGUUUCCUGUAUGUGGCAGGCGGAGAGGACCAGAACGAUGCUCGAAACCAGGCCAAACACGCUGUCAGCACUCUGUGCAGAUAUGACCCUCGCUUUAACACAUGGCUGCACCUGAGUAGCAUGCGCCAGCGCCGCACUCACUUUAGCCUCGUGGCCACAAAUGGGCGCCUUUAUGCAAUUGGCGGCCGUAACACUGAUGGCUUGCUGGCCACCACUGAGAGCUACCUGCCCUCCACCAACAGCUGGCAGCUCCGUGCUCCCAUGGAGAUGCCACGCUGCUGCCAUGCCAGUGCUGUCCUACCGUCUGGAGACAUCUUAGUGACCGGUGGCUAUGUCAACUGUGCCUACUCCCGCUCUGUGGCUUGCUACAAUGUGCAGAGUGACACCUGGAGUGAGCAGGCACAAUUGGAAAUGCCACGUGGUUGGCACUGCUCCACCACACUGGAUGGUAAAGUUUAUGUGGUGGGUGGCAGCCGGCUGGGCCCAAGUGGAGAGCGUGUGGAUGUGCUGAUCACCGAAGUGUUCUCACCAGAGAAUGGCCAGUGGAGCAGGGCCGCCUCCCUGCCCUUGGGAGUAAGCACGGCUGGUCUGGCAACACUUGGUGACCAGCUAUACCUUGUGGGUGGAUGGAAUGAAGCUGAGAAGCGCUACAAGGCGGCAGUGCAACGCUACGACCCAGGUACCGACAGCUGGUCAGCUGGGGAAGAGCUGCCCGAGCCCACAGUGGGAGUAUCCUGUUGCGCUCUGGCACUGCCCCCACGCCACACUUCACGCAAGCAUCGUAACACCCCCAACCAUGAAGAACAGGGUGGCAUGACUGCAUGAGAGAGGGAGCGAGGGGGGAAAGAAUGAGGCCAAGAUUAGUUGUGAGGAGGAGAGAGAAAGAGAACAACAGAGAAGGGGUGGACAGUUACUAGCCAGGGAGGAUUCAACAAGUAAAGGAAGGAGAUGGUAUGGCAGAACUCCUUUAUUACUAAGACAGCAUUAUGCAUCAAGCUGGGAAGGGAGUUUAGUGUCACAGUACAGGGCCCACUUAUUAACAAUGUGAAAAUGUCUAGGCCAACAUAGCUACUGAGUACAUGGGACAAACAUUUGAGUGAGUGAAUGGGUAUGCCUGUGUGUGUACACACACAAGUGUUAGAAUGAGUUUUAGAAAUUUACUGCAGAUUAUCACCUUGCAAUCUCAAAUACAUAUCUAUCCAUCUCAGUAUAUCUAUUACACUUGAUAUUUACUGUAGUCUAAUUAUUUAUCAAAAUUUUAUCAUACCAAGAUCACCUCAAUGACUAAAAAUAAGAAAAAAGUAAUAACUAGUUUUUCAUUCAUUCAUAUUGAGUAACCACUUUAUCUGGAUCAGGGUCAUGGUGAAUACAGAGUCUAUCCUGAGUCUAAAGUUAUCUUUUUUCAAUUUUAUUAUCUUAAUGCACACUAUUUGAGAUUUAACUUUAACUGGCAAAAAUGAGAAAAAAAAAAUUCUGUGAAACCUCUCUCACACUGUCUUCUUCAUUUUGUCCUAGGGGUAUGCAAACUUUUGCAUUAAACUGUAGCUAAUAUUUUGCAAUGAUGACCCAUGGAUUAAUAAUAUCAUUUCCUCUUGUCUGGAUAACAUGCAUCUGCAUGUCUGGUGCCAUCACCUUCUACUGACACCAUUCCACUGUAUACAGAACCCUGCUAUCUUCCUAAGAGAACCAGUGAACAUCCUAGAGAGAGAAGGCCGUUCCAGACAUAGAGAGAAUUUUGAAAUGUGAAAUUAAAGCAAGAAGAAAUGUCACUGAUAAUGCAGAUAGUUUUAUUUACGUGCAACGUUCCCUUUAUAAAGUUUAUGGUAACCAGCUGAUUAAGGCUUCUGCUUUGUGCUGAAUGGAGACAUAAUGUAGGUGUUGCAAAUGGCAAAUGGUGCAGAGGGCACUAAUUCUCUAGGAUAGGAUUUCACUUGAAUAAAGCCAAACUGAUGAAAGCAUAA